CUGUAGUCACAACAAUCAACUUAUUACUACUAUUUACUGCAUCCUGGACUGUCCAGGCCAAUCUUGGACACGUGGUGGCAACCCUCCUGGCUCUGGUAUAUCAGUGUUCCAUUGUGGAUGUCAGGCUUCAGCUGCAGAUGGGCCCAAGGCCAGACCCUGACAAGUUUGAAGACCUAUUUUGAAAAAUUACCAGUGCAUCCUGGCUUUGGCGUUUGCAGUCAAUGAGCUCAACAAGUAUCCAGUUCUCCUCCCCAACUUAACUCUGGGGUUACGUGUCUAUGAAGACAACUAUUAUGCAAAAAAAUCCUAUCAGGACACACUGUCUCUGCUCUCUGCAGGCAAGCAAUUCAUUCCUAACUACCAAUGUGACAGACAGGCCAAGUUGGUAUCCAUCAUUGGGGGCCUGGAUUCCAAAAUUUCAAAGCAGAUGGCAACUAUCUUGGGAGUCUUCAAGAUCCCACAGCUAGGUUUCAAGUCAGCAGACCCUGUUUUGAGUGACACGGACAGUUCCCCUAGUUUCUAUCAGAUUGACCCCCAGGACACGCUGCAGUGCAUGGGAUUAGUCCGGUUACUCCACUAUUUCCAGUGGAAUUGGAUUGGGAUCGUUGCCUCAGAUGACGACAAUGGGGAAAAUUUCAUCCGGAGUCUCACACCAAUCCUUGCCCAGCAUGAUAUCUGCGUGACCUUUACUGAAAGACCUACACCCGAACUGUUUUUGUAUCCUAUACUUACAGAUGAACGGUACAAACAAGUUUUGGCAGCUCUUCAGAGUAAUGCCCAAGUGGCAAUUCUCUCUGGGGACUCCAAUGUCAUACAGAACUUUAUAACAUCAGUCUCUUUCUUUGAAGAACAGACACACACUUCACUUGACAAAGUUUGGAUCCUGACCUCUGAGUGGGAAUUUGCUGUGGAGGGAUUUCAGUAUCAGUGGUGGUCUGUCAGAAAUUUCCAUGCUUUGUCCUUCACAGUCCACACAGGGGCUGUGCCCGGAUUCCAGAGUUUCCUCAGGGAUUUGGAUCCCUACCACCCCCAGGGAGAUGUCUUUCUUCCAGACUGGUGGGAGGUUGCAUUCAACUGUGAGGUGCAGAAGUCAGGCCAGACCCCGGAAGAGGGGAGGAGGAUCUGUACAGGGGAGGAGAAGCUGGAGAUCCUGCCGGCCUCUGUGUUUGAAGGGAGCAUGGCUGGCCACAGCUACACCGUUUACAAUGCCGUUUAUUCUGUGGCACACGCAUUACACGCUGCGUGUUCAAGAUCACAACGUGGGCUGAAGUGGGACAGCAAGAAGUCGCUUCUUAAUGUGAAGCCGUGGCAGGUACAAUUCUCCUAGCUUUCCUUGCUAGGAAAUUGCCAGACAGCUUCAAUGAAGCCAAGUUUAUCACCUUCAGCAUGCUUGUGUUCUGCAGCGUCUGGGUCUCCUUUAUGCCAACCUACUUGAGCACCAAGGGGAAAUUCAUGGUGGCCGUGGAGGUCUUCUCCAUCUUGGCCUCCAGUGCUGGUCUCCUGGGCUGCAUCUUUCUCCCUAAAUGCUACAUCAUUCUUCUGAGGCCCAAUCUCAACAGCAGAGAGAGUCUAAUAAAGAAAAAGAAUCAGAGCAUCUAGUACAUGGGAUGAUUUACUACUACUGGAGGAAGAACAGGUCAUAAAUAUAACAACUUCCAAUCAAUAAAUCACAAUUCACUAUGUGUGUCCCCCCCCCCCCCCAUUAUAGAUAUUGCAAGAUUUAUCCAGGAAGAAAUAUGAUAAUCCUAAAUAAAUAAAUAAAUAAAUAAAUAAAUAAUAAGCAACCCUCAAAAAACACCUGGGAUGAGGUAAGGAUAGCUAUCAGUUAAACUAAUAAUAGCUGACAAUUACAAACAUGCCUAUCACCAGAAGGGACAUAUAUUAACAAUUCGAAAGAAAGAAAGAAAGAAAGAAAGAAAGAAAGAAAGAAAGAAAGAAAGAAAGGAAAUUCAGCAGAGUGGUACCAGAGUGGUACAUCACAGACAGCUAUCAACACCAACAGGCACUAGCAACAUGGCUACCAUCACUUUGGCAUUAGCUUGCUAGAUGUAGGAUGUUUUAGUAAAGUUGGUGCAGUAAAGUUGCCACCGGCCCGUCUGGUGGCUACUCAGGGACAGGCCUCGCCUUCUCCAUUGCUGCCCCGAGGCCUUCGGAAGAACACACUUCCUGCUGAAAUAAGAGCCUCCCCAUGUCUUACAACUUUUUAAAAGGCGAUCAAGAUGCAUUGUUCACCCAGGCUUUUUAUUAGGGAUGUGCGUUUCAUUUCGGAUACAAAAUGUUUUGUGCACAAAACAGGCCACUUCGGCUGUUUUGUAGCCAAAACAAAACACCCAAUGCUCAAAACAGAAAAUUUUGUAGCCAAAACAAAACAUCCCUGUUUCGGAUACAAAACAUUUUGUUGUUCCGGCUGUUUUGGAACUCCAUUUUGCAAACGUAAAAUGUCUUUCUCCUUCAGUCUCCAUUUUGAGUUUGACACCUGUUUGAAUUUCCAGCCCUUCCAGCCUGCAGAUUGGCCAGCGAAAGCAUGGGCUGAUCUGCUGGCAAUUACCUCCUUAUUCCUUUUAAGCAAAUUUAAGGGUAAAUUUUACCCUCAUUGGCCAGUGGGGCAGUGUGCAUUUCAUUGUUGUUGUUUCACACUGUUGUGUGUAGAUCAAUUUCAUUUCGGGUGGGGGGAUGUGGAUGUGCAUGACCUUUGGAAAUCUGCCUGAUUUUUUCCAAAGCUCUGCUGCUGUUAAUGUGUGAUGUUGAUGUUAUUUGAGGUGGAUUCAGGGCAGAAAGGGGGAUUUGGGGGCAGAAUAGUAGUUCAGGUGGUAGUGCCCCAAUGGGUGCCUGCUGCCACCCAGAUUCCAAAGGAAUUGGGAAAAGGGCUGAUUUUUAAAGAAUUUCUGAAGUUGAGAUGUCUUUGGGGCAGAUUCGGGGAAGAAAGGGGGCCUGAGGGGGAAAACAGUGGGUUGGGUGUCAGUGCCCCAAGGGGUGCCUGCCACAAGCCAGAUUCCAAAGGAAUAGGACAAAGGGCUGAUUUCUUAGGAAUUGUUGAAGUUUACGCUUCUUUAAGGUCCCCCCCCCCCAGGGAAUAAUGGAGGUUUCAGCAG